AUGCCGCGUGAAUACAAAUUCCUAACUCCAGAGGAGCGAGCUCACUUUGUCGAGCACGGGUGGCUGAAGGUAUCCAAUGCCAUCAAACCCAAGUAUAUUGAGCAGUGGAUGGCGAAUAUUUGGGUACGUCUAGGCUACAACCCUGAGGACAAGUCAACCUGGGAGAAAGAGUAUAUCAAGCUACCUCGCCAUCGCGAAGUUCCCACUUCCGAGUUUUGUCCCGAAGCCUGGAACAAGAUGAUUGAAAUCGUGGGCGGCGAGGAAAAGAUCGACCCGAUACGUGAGCGGUACUACGGCGAUCAGUUUAUUAUCAAUUUUGGAAAUGAAUACUGGAAGACACACGAGAUCCCGCCGAAUGAAGCGACAGGAUGGCACCAUGACAAUGAUUGGUACCGACAAUUCCUCGACAGCAGUGGUAAUGCUUUGACUAUCAUACACUGUUUCACUGAUAUUCCGGAGAGGGGUGGCGGAACACUUAUGGCCGAAGACGGGAUCAAAGGCCUUGACGAACCGUUUGAGAACAAUCUCUACAAUCAUGUUCCGUAUUGCAAGAAGUUCUCAUCGAUUGUCGCAAAGGCAGGCGAUGUCUUCAUCACCCAUGGCUUGUUGCCACAUACAAACGGGCAAAACCACCUCCACUACGCUCGAGUUAUUACCAACCCUCACGUUAAUCUCAUCGAGCCCUUCAACCUGAACCGUGAAGAUGGAGACUAUACAUUGUGCGAGCAAGUCAUACUUCGUGCGCUCAACCGGACCUCGAUUCCAGAGUAUCGGCCAGCUCGUCCACGGCUUACACAUUAUCCCCGUACUGCGUACUUUAAGCGCGCUCGAAUCACAGAAGAGCUUCAGCGAAUGAUCAAAGAUGCGGAGGCCAAGGGACUUGAUGCCGAAAGCAUGGAUAGUGUCUAUCUGAAGGGGAAAGAGGCCAUACUAGAGCAUGAAAAGAGGAACGGCUACGACAAGGAUCCUGGCGCCUAUGGGGUUCAAGAAGGAUAUGGACCAAAGAAAGCAAAAGUAGGGUUAGAAACGUACUUGGAGAGCAGAUCAGGAUGA